AUGGCCCGGCUGUGGCUCCAUCUCUGCAUCUACCUCCAGAUCCCAGGUUUCUGUACAAAUCUACUUUUAUCCCAGGCUCCAGAGGGUAUUUUAGCCCAAACUAACAAUGAAACACAAAUCCUCUGUGAGCUGAAGGAGAAUGCCGGGGUGUACUGGUACCGCUGGAGCCAGGCGAGGCAAAUUUUUGAGUUCUUGGUAUUUUCCAACAUGUUAGGCAAAGCCACGUACGGCACGAACAUCAGCCAGGACAAGUUUAGUGUCCGUGGGGUGAGUUCCCACACCUCCUACAGCCUGCACAUCAGCCACCUCCACGACUCGGACAACGGCACCUAUUACUGCUCCGUCUCCCAGUCCUCCCAGCUCCUCCUGGGCAGGGGGACACAGCUCGGUGUGGUUGAUGUUUUGCCUCUCAAAGCUGCCAGCAAGAAAGGUGCCUGCAGCCCCCUGAUCUGGGUCCCACUGGCCACCGGUGUCCUUGUCAUUCUGCUGAGCCUGGUCCACACCGCCCAUCGCCUCCACCGUCUGCGGCGAAGGCUGUGGCUUCGCAUCCACAGGCAGUAA